UUCGCCGUUCGCCUUUGGUUGACGUUGUGACCUAGUGAAGAUUUCAAGUUGGACGUGACGAUAUCGCCAAUUAUAAUGGGUAAAGGUGACCAUUGUGCCGUGUUUGGAUGUCGAAAUGAUCGGAGAUAUCCAGAAAGGUGGGUUGUUAAACCCCAUAUACACUGUAUGAAGUGGCAUAAGCCAAAUCAAAAGCACUUUAAAUUAUGGGAGCAACUUAUCAACCGCAAUAACUUUCGAGUGACAGAAAACACAAAGGUAUGCAGUAAUCAUUUUGUAUUUGGUAAACCAUUGGGAGACCACUCACACCCUGAGCUGUGGCUGAACGGGUAUGAUACAGGGGAGGGAACUCUUAAUGAAGAAGUUUCAAGACUUAUGAAGUCCUUGUAUGAUGUUAAUGUACAGAGUGACGUGUCCAUAACCACUCAGACAGAUGCUAUUAAAAGAGAUGCAACUCAUACCCAGACAAGCAGUGGGAAAUUUAAAAAGCUUGAAGUUCUUCAUGAAGACAAUGAAGGAGUUUUACGUGGACAAAAUGCUGAAGUUUUGCUUGAGGAAAAUUCAGAGGAAACAACUGAGUCUUUGGCAUCUAUUUCAAAUGCCUUGGAAAAUGAUCACACAUACUGUAUGUAUGAGCAAAGUGGAGAUUGUAAGGAAGACUUUGCUUGUCAAGCCAGAUUAUGCUUGAAGUGUAAAAAGGAACUUUUGUCCAUUCUUGAGGAAAAUGGAAGGCUUAAAAAUGAAAAUGAACAGCUACAAAAGGCUCUAGUGGAAGCAAAUCAAGCAAUUAUUGAAAGAACCAACAGAGACUGUGUUUUGUAGACAAAAUGAAACAUUCUAAUUCCUUAUGAAGUUAUGCACUAGACUAGCAGACUUUGGUUGCAAAGUUAUUUGAAUUUAAAGCUCAAAAGUAUAAAUAUCACCAUUUACUGUUAGUGGAAGAGCAAGUGAAAUCAUUCAGCAGCAAUGACAGAUCCAGUUAGGCAUGAACAGAAGGUAUCAGUUAUGGUUGCAUUUUGUUUCUGCAAAAUGACCAAGGAUGUGUUUGGGGUAGCAGAAACUGUUAACUCAGGAACAAUCUGCAGGGUAGUUGCAUGCAUCCCUUCAAGUUGAAGAGAAUCUCUUAGUACCUUCUUUCCUCUGGUUUUGAUGCCAAUGGCCUUGUUUUCUGAAUUUAAUGACAAACUGAUAAUGGAUUUCAGAGCAAGUAAAUCCUUUCUCCAUGUACUUAGGGAACUAUCAAACAAUUCUCACUGAACAUGACUGACUCAUUGAAAGC